AUGGCUGACCGUGGAACUUCUCGAGGUGGUGGCUUCGGUGCCCGAGGUGGUGACCGUGGCCGUGGACGUGGACGUGGCCGUGGACGCCGUGGUGGAAAGAGCGACGAGAAGGAGUGGCAGCCCGUCACCAAGCUCGGUCGUCUCGUCAAGGCCGGCAAGAUCAACAGCAUGGAGGAGAUCUACCUGCACUCCCUCCCCAUCAAGGAGUACCAGAUCGUCGACAACUUCCUGCCCAAGCUCAAGGAUGAGGUCAUGAAGGUGCGCAGCGAUAUAACCAACCCAUGCCAUACAAUAUAUUGGAACCCUGUCGAAAUUCGAAUUGGGGGUCUAAUUAUCAAGCCCGUCCAGAAGCAGACCCGUGCCGGUCAGCGCACCCGAUUCAAGGCCAUUGUCAUCAUUGGAGACUCUGAGGGCCACGUCGGUCUCGGUAUCAAGACCUCCAAGGAAGUCGCUACUGCUAUCCGUGCCGCCAUCAUCAUCGCCAAGCUGAGCGUUAUCCCCGUCCGUCGUGGUUUCUGGGGCUCCAACCUUGGUCAGCCUCACUCUCUGCCCUCCAAGCAGAGCGGCAAGUGCGGUUCCGUCACCGUCCGUCUCAUCCCCGCUCCCCGUGGUACCGGCCUCGUUGCCUCCCCCGCUGUCAAGCGAUUCCUCCAGCUCGCUGGUGUUGAGGAUGCCUACACCUCCUCCGCCGGUUCCACCAAGACCCUCGAGAACACCCUCAAGGCCACCUUCGUCGCCGUCACCAACACCUACGGCUUCCUCACCCCCAACCUCUGGAAGGAGACCAAGCUGCUGCGCAGUCCCCUGGAAGAGUUCGCUGAUACCCUGCGGGCUGGUCAGAAGCGAUACUAG